GGCUGCGGGCGCCUUCGCUGGACCUGCAUUGCCCCCUAGUGCCGCGCGGAGUCAGGGCGCCGGGCUCCCCCGCCUGAUGUCACCGCCGUGCAGUCAGCCCAGAGGCGGCUCAUUGAAAGCAGACCCUCCUCGGCGCUGGCUGGGCGGAGGCGCCGCCGCCCGCACACCCGCCGCGGCCGGGCCGAGCCGGGCGCCCCCUGCCCCGCCGCCCCCGGCUCCCGCCGCUCCCCCGCGAGCCCGGCCCGGCGCGCCUGACGUGGACCAUUAAACUUGGAGCUGCCGCCUCGUCCCCUUUCUCCUCCUCCUCCUCCUUCUGACAGGCGAGCGAGCGGCUCGGUGCAGGCAGGAGACGUGCUGCCGGGCUGGGCUGCCCGGGGAGAUGACUUCUGGCCGGGAGGGAGCCUCUGGGAAGAGGACCACGGGGGAAGCAAAGUUUCAGGGCAGCUGAGGAGCCUUCGCCGCAGCCCUUCCGAGCCCUCUCACCUCCCUGGCUAUGGAGGGCGGACUCUAAAAUGAAUCCCGAUCUGGACCCCGGCCACAACACAUCAGCACCUGCCCACUGGGGAGAGUUGAAAGAUGCCAACUUCACUAGCCCCAACCAGACCUCGAGCAAUUCCACACUGCCCCAACUGGACAUCACCAGGGCCGUCUCCGUGGGCCUGGUGCUGGGCGCCUUCAUCCUCUUUGCCAUCGUGGGCAACAUCCUAGUUAUCUUGUCUGUGGCCUGCAACCGUCACCUGCGGACGCCCACCAACUACUUGAUCGUCAACCUGGCCAUCGCCGACCUUCUGCUGAGCUUCACCGUGCUGCCCUUCUCGGCCGCCCUGGAGGUGCUCGGCUACUGGGUGCUGGGGCGGAUUUUCUGUGACAUCUGGGCCGCCGUGGACGUCCUGUGCUGCACGGCUUCCAUUCUGAGCCUGUGCGCCAUUUCCAUAGAUCGCUACAUUGGGGUGCGCUACUCUCUACAGUACCCCACGCUGGUCACCCGGAGGAAGGCCAUCCUGGCCCUCCUCAGUGUCUGGGUCUUGUCGACUGUCAUCUCCAUCGGGCCUCUCCUUGGUUGGAAGGAACCGGCACCCAACGAUGACAAGGAAUGCGGGGUGACCGAAGAACCCUUCUACGCCCUCUUCUCCUCCUUGGGCUCCUUCUACAUCCCCCUGGCGGUCAUUCUGGUCAUGUACUGCCGGGUCUACAUCGUUGCCAAGAGGACCACCAAGAACCUGGAGGCUGGAGUCAUGAAGGAGAUGUCCAACUCCAAGGAGCUGACCCUGAGGAUCCACUCCAAGAACUUUCACGAGGACACCCUCAGCAGUGCCAAGGCCAAGGGCCACAACCCCAGGAGUUCCAUAGCUGUCAAACUUUUUAAGUUCUCCAGGGAAAAGAAAGCAGCCAAGACCUUGGGCAUAGUGGUCGGCAUGUUCAUCUUGUGUUGGCUCCCCUUCUUCAUCGCUCUGCCACUUGGCUCCCUGUUCUCCACCCUGAAGGCCCCCGACGCCGUGUUCAAGGUGGUGUUCUGGCUGGGCUACUUCAACAGCUGCCUCAACCCCAUCAUCUACCCGUGCUCCAGCAAGGAGUUCAAGCGCGCCUUCGUGCGCAUCCUCGGGUGCCAGUGCCGCGGCCGCCGCCGCCGCCGUCGCCGUCGCCGCCUGGGCGGCUGCGCCUACACCUACCGGCCGUGGACGCGCGGCGGCUCGCUGGAGCGCUCGCAGUCGCGCAAGGACUCGCUGGACGACAGCGGCAGCUGCCUGAGCGGCAGCCAGCGGACCCUGCCCUCGGCCUCGCCGAGCCCCGGCUACCUGGGCCGCGGCGCGGCGCCGCCCGUCGAGCUGUGCGCCUUCCCGGAGUGGAAGGCGCCCGGCGCGCUCCUGAGCCUGCCCGCGCCCGAGCCCCCAGGCCGCCGCGGCCGCCCCGACGCGGGCCCGCUCUUCACCUUCAGGCUCCUGGCCGAGCCCGAGAGCCCCGGGACCGACGCGGGCUGCGAGGCCGCGGCCGACGUGGCCAACGGGCAGCCGGGCUUCAAAGCCAACAUGCCCCUGGCGCCCGGGCAGUGUUAGGGGUCCGCGCCCGCUCCUUGUCCCCGGGGAGGACAGCAUCGUGGGGGGCGGGCGGGGCGGAGGGGCAGGGCCAUGUUGGCGCCGGGUCGACGCGGGCCCCAGGGGGAGACGGGGCGGGGAGAGGGCCAGCUGCUUUUCUGGCAGGGGCAUGGGUGCCAGGUACAGCGUGGAGAGCUGGGCCCAGCAUGCUGAGAGCCCGGGGCCCCGACGCCGGCCGGGAUUUCGUCUCUCUCUCUCUGUACAUAUAUCCACAAGUCCCUGUGUCCAUGUAUUUAACCGUGGGUACACGUGCGUGUGUCUGUGCGGUGUACGUGUGGUCUGCAUGUGUGCGUGAGUGGGGCCGCCCGCGCGGGGCAGAGCGAGUGUGCGCCCAGGAGAGAGCGGGGCCGUCGUCUGUCUGGCGACUUCGUACCUCUCAAGCCCCUCCUUUUACUUCCCUGAACGAUGGCACUUGGGCGGGGGUGGAAACACAGUCGGACAUUAAAGGUCAAUUCUCCUGUGCGGCUUCGAGUAGUCUGUGAAGUGGGUGGGAGGCAGGGUCUGCAGUUUCCUUUUCCUUCCUCUUCGGGGUUGCCCGGUCCCUUCGGCCGGUCCUGCGGGCCACGGAUGUGCUGGCCCCGCCUGGCCCCAUUUCUGCCUUUGCCGUUACUGCCCUCCAGGGCUAAACAGAUCUGACCCUGUGGCUGAAAGUGACCCC